AUGUCAACAUCAAACAACAAUAGGUCAAAAGAAAGGCACGCGCGAGAUGGUCUGAGCGACACCGAAUCAAUACUACCCCAGGAUAGCUCAACGGAAUGCAGAAGAGUCGACACUAUUGCGUCUGCCUCCCGAAAUCCGGAACCGGAUAUGGAGAUACGUCGCAGCAAUCUGGCUCUCUUACUCAUCUACACCUCCAUGGUCUAG